AUGGACGACGAGCAUCUGUUGCUUGGCGACGAUGGCGCGGAAGGCUGGACGAAGGCGGGCGACCGACUGACUGCUGACGACCUGAGCAUCUUUGAAAGCCUGAACGACGACUGGCUGGGUUCGCCGGCAGCAACUGAGCGGCUGAAGGGACUGCCUUUUGCUGCAGCCUCUGCCGCUGCUCACAACAACAACAACAGCAGCAACAGCAACAGCAGCAACGACAUUACCCGCCAGAGCCACCUCCACCACCAGAGCCAGAGCCAGAGCCAGAGCCAUAGCCAGAGCCAGAGCCAGUCGGAUGGCGAGCUCAUCGCGCUCCCGUCCAUUGACGACGACGGUGACUUGGCAUCCCCCGAACUGCUGCUGACGAGUCCAACUGCGAAUGCUAGUGCCGACGCCGAUGCCGAUGCUGACACUGUGACGAUGGGUGCCGUCGACGCUCUGGGGCUGGACUACUCGGAACCCGUCGUCUUUGCUGCAGCUUCGCAGCCGCCGAGCCAGACUAUUACUUCCUCGUCGCCAGUAGUCCUUCCCGCUGCCCAGCGGCAGGUCUCCGAGGCCCAGCGCCUGCAGCUGGACCACGCUGCCCAAGUCCUCAAGACGUGGCUCGAGCGCCGCCCGCAUCGCAUCCACGGUCGCGCCGAGGCAGGCGGGGCAUUUGCUCCGCAUCGCGAGCUGGCCAAGCUCGUCAAGGACUCGUGCGCUUCGUUCCGCGACUUUGUCCUCGCAUACCCAGCACUGUUCAUUCUGUUUCCAAACCGCGGAGGCAAGGAGAUGAUUGGCAUUGCAUCGGACGGCGUGCCAUCCAUGAAAAUCGUUGACGAAACGAGCGCCGCCAACAAGUUUGUGAGCAAGAAGCCGCUGCAGGGUGGCGAGGCGCCCCUCGGCGCACCAGGAACACCAUCACCGCUCAAGGCUGCCGCACGAACGAUGCAACAAGCCCAGCAGCAGCAGCAGCAGCCCGUGCCAGACUUGUUCUCCCCUACCCAAUUUCGCGCGUCGUCUUCCUCCUCGACGUCUUCGCGGGCAACUUCUCCAACUCCCGACGCUGCUGGGCAGCCAGUGACACCACCGCAGCUCGUUGGCUCGAUCGAGAACCAAGCUCGCACGCUGCUUGCAUUUGCUGUUGACUCGCUACCUGGUGACGUUCCGGGCGAGUCCAGCCUGCGCUUGUUGCGGCCGUAUUUGACGAGCGCGCUCCACCGUGGCAUCGAGUCCACCUACCACUCGCUGGCCAAGUUCAUUAUGCACAAGUCGUCCGGAUUUGAGUUUGUGGAAAACCGGCCAGGCGUCUUCCGACGCGCUGCACCUCGUGCAUCGCGUGCUGCCGUCGUCCAGUCCGCCACCCUUGCCAAGUCGUCGGCUGCGGCUGGAGGUGUUGCGGCUGGAGGUGCUGCUUCGCCACGGUUGCAACCCGAACGGCUCCCUGAAGAUGCCACCGUCCUGAGUGAUACACCCGUUCCAGCAUCAGCAGCAACCGCGCGGAACCCCGACACGGAGCUCGACAAGCAUGUGCGCAUGCACCUGUUCCUCGGCCUCUCACUGCAACAUCGUCCCGGAGCCGCAUUCGAGGCCCACACGAAUGUCGUCUACGGCGCCAUGCCAGCAGACCUCAAGCAUUACAUUGCGCGUGUCUACCGAUCGCUCGGCCAGUUUGUCAACGCGAAAGGCUCCAGUUUUGCUUUCACUGAGCGGCCUGGGAUUUACUACCGCCAUCCUGCCAAUGACCCGCCUCCGCUUCCCCAACAGCCUCCCCAGCAGCCGAUCGCUUCUGUGGUGCACCCUGCGCCCGGCAGCCAAGCUCUCGCGCAACCACUUGCGUCAACGAGCCCAUCUCCCGCAGCAGGAGCAGCAGGAGCAGGAGCAGGAGCAGCAGCAGGAGCAGCGGGCUCGAGUCCUGUCAGUGCUUCAAAGGUCAUCGAUGAUUCGGCUUCUCGGGUUCCGAUUUCGACGACCGUGAAAGGCGCGGCCGCGGCCGCGGCGCCUCCCGCACCGAAAGGGUCGCGUGCAGCAUCGCACGAGUUCCAUCCGGCGUUGCCACUCAAUAGCGCUCCUCAAGCUGCAGCAGUACCGCAGCCGCACGCCGCUUCCGCUUCCGCUUCUCGAACCACUGCCGAGCCACAACAGGACGCCGCGCACUCACGUCAGCUCGGUUUCUUUGAGUUUCUCGACGGCAUUCCCGUGUUUGUAGUCUCCACCGUGGCAUCCGCAGCCGCUGCCUUCCAAGUGCUUCAUUCUGUCGACCGCGUCGCGGUGGAUUGCGAGUGGAUUGGCGACGGGCAGCCCGGUCAAGAAGAAGAGCGGCUCAGCCUCGUUCAGAUCGCCGCCCCUGCCACGCCAACGCAUGUCAAUGGUGUGGUGUAUCUGCUCGAUCUUUUGAGCGAUUGUGCCCCUGCGAGCAUUAUUGCGCCGCUCGGUGUGCUUCUUGCGCGGCAGACCAUUGUCAAGGUUUUCCAUGACGCGCGCAAGGAUGUUGCGUUGCUCACGCGCUCCACUGGCAUCGCCGCUGUCCAUAACUAUGCCGACACCCAGGCCGAGUAUGCGAUUCUGCAGAGCUUGCGGCAGCUGGUGCACAACGAGGCUGGCGUGGCUCUGGUUCCGUCGGGAACCGGUGCCAAUGUCCCUGCCCGCGUCGGCUUGAACGCUCUUUUCGAGCAACUGGCGCUUCCCACCAACCCUCUCAAGGCGACCUUCGCCGCUCGUUUCCGCACCGAAAAGCACCUCUGGCAGCGUCGUCCGCUCGACCGUGACAGCAUUGUCUACGCUGCGUACGACACGCUUCACUUGCUCCGUGCCCGUGAUAUGAUCCGGCAAGGCAUUCUUGCCUGCACUGAUGAUGCGACCUCGCAGCUGUGGGUGAACGCACCAAACCACCUCGGUGGGCCUAUUGCCUCGAAGCUCAACGGCGCGUCACCCGCUGCCGCGCGGGCAAGCAGCAGCAGCAGCAGCAGCAGCUCGGCGGCAUCCAUUUCUGCCGUUGGUGGCGCUGCAUCCUCCUUGGCGAACGGAGGACACUCUUCAAAUGACUUUGAACAUCCCGCCGCUCCUUCCACUUCUGCCAAGUCGGUGAUCGUUCAAGUGCCCGGUGGUCGUGCCUUGAACACGACAUUCGCGUUGUCCAUGUCGGCAUCGGGAAACCUGGAGUACACCGCACAGGCGAACGCUGCAGCGGACGAGUUACCGCCUCCGCCUCGACGCCGACUGGCCUAUCUCGGCUUGGCGGCCAACCUCAUGCCCGCGAGCAUUCGACAGUUCUUGUUGCAAACGUUCCCGCCGUCCGCUUACAGCGGCGACGGGCUGACCCUGCCUCUCCGUAUGACUCUGGUGGUUGGACACCCGCUUGUUGUCGAAGACAAAAGCCAUCGUUCACAGACCGGACCUGUGAUUUCAGCAGCCAAUCUGCAAGAAAUCCAGCGUAUGGUGGAUCAUCACACUCAAGAGAUGGCUUCGCGUCGGCAAAACACAGCAGCAGUGUCCCAGCCUGGAUAUCUCUAUCGACAUGGGCAUGCAGCUAAUAACCCAGGUGACGAGCAGUGGCAUGACGAGCCUCACCUUCGUCUUGUUCACCACACCUCGAGCUCCAUGUCGCUGAUUGCGUGCUACGACGACUACCCUGCACUGAGCGGUCUGAUUGCCGAUCUCUUGGUCCCUGCUCCCCAGUUGUCGGCGUCCCAGCCUUCCUCUGUGGCAUUUUCUCGCGGAAAUAGAGCGGUGGGCGUGCUCGUUGUUGGCGGCCGUCGCGCAGGAAAGUCGGCGCUCUUGCGCUCCAUUCGCGACUUUUGGAGCAAGUCUCCCGAUGCGCCGACUGUGUUUGUGGAUGUGGACGCUUGUCCCACCCAUAGCAAGUCCGCCGCCAAGGCGCAUACGACUGUUUAUGUGGACGAAUAUACCGGGCAACCCACCUCCAGUGUGGUCGUUUCAGAGUCGGCCCGAAAUUGCAUUCAUUUGGAUGGCUCGAACCUCAAGCACCGCAGCCGGGAUCAAGCAGUCGAAGCGUCGGUGCGAGAGUCAGGCAGCCAACAUGUCGUGCUGGAUUCCAUCAGCACUGCUGAAGAUGUCGAGUUGGUGCUCUCGCUUUUGCGGAGCGGCGUUUCUGUCGCGGCAGGCGUCUGCGCAACGUCCCUCGCACACAUGCUGCUUGACUCGAAAAUGCACAAGCUUGUGGGAUAUCUGAACAAUGACAAUGGCCAAGUGCAGCGCACGACUACCGCCGCUGUUUCCACCGUGAUUGAGUUGCUCAGCUUCAACAAGUAUCGCAUCUUCAGCCCGGUGGAAACCACGCUUGACGCGCUCGUUGGAAAUGCGGCGCACGUUGUUCAGUCCUUGCGCUGGCGCCAACGAAUUGGACUGGAACAGCCCGAUGUUCCGCCGCCGGAAAAGCAGCCUUCAGCUCAAGCCGGAGCUGCCCUUGGAUACAAUGCGUAUGAUCCUCGCACUGGCGCUCCAAGCAGCCCCAGCCCCCGGUCUGUUCGAUCUGUUGAUCCGGAAACUGGAACCGCGACAGCGCGUGUGCUUCCACCCAAUGCCCCUUACACCCCGCCUGUGCCAAAGUACGCCCAUUUCGCACGAUUCGAGCUGAUGCGAUGCCAAGAGGACUACUUGGGCUCCUCGCAGCGCGACUGGUUGGCUCACGUUCGCGUUGCUCUUCGCUGA